UCGGAUAAUAAAUCAUGGCUGGAAGUGCCAAAAAAUAUGAAGGAUUCAAAGCAAAGAAAACAAGAAAGUACAGAAGAGUAUCGAAACAUGAAACAAAUUUUAUAUGCACAGUGGUUUGUUGAUAACUUUGGAGUACAGGGAGUUCGAUAUAUCUUCAUGAGGGAUACAACAUGGUGCAGACGAAUGCUUUGGUUGAUUCUCAUCCUUGCUGGUGGAAGUUACUGUUGUUAUGUCACAUUGAAUAAUAUUAACUACUACCUGACAUAUCCAACCACAACCAAAACAACAAGACAUUUCCACAGGAAGAUUGAAUUUCCAGCUGUCACAAUAUGCAAAUAUAAUAUAUUCCAACGUACAAAGAUGACUGAUGAAGAAAAUGCAAUGAUUGAGGAAAUGUACCAACCAUAUGAUUUGUUUAAGAAUUACACUCAUACAAAUUAUUCAAAGUAUGAUCAUGUUGAUAUGGGUGAAUUCGUUGUCAACAAGUCAUAUGACUACUUCUCCCAAAUGGGACUAUGUUCCUAUCAGUCAGGAUAUUGCAAUAUGUCACACUUCUACACAAAAAUAAGAGACGUUGGAGUUUGUUUCACUUUUGAUCCAAGUAAAGAUCCAGUGAGGAAGUAUCAAAUGUUCCCAGGUAAUACAGACAAAAAAGGUAUUUAUCAAUAUAUGCAACCGUAUGUCCAUUGAAUAAAAUCGAAGAAAUCCAUCCAAAAAUGUAAUUUUUCAACCUGAAAUCUGCAUACGAUAUGUAUUAGUAUAUGAGAAAACAUAGGAUUUUCAUAUUCACCCGGUGGA